AUGUCAUCUUUGGGAGUUCGUGGCAAUAGCCUCAACAUCGUGGCUAUCCUGGGUGUUCUCAUGCCUGGGAUCAUGUCCGUUGGCUACAACGCUGCUUCACUGGGUGGGGUUUUGAGUCUGAAGAGCUUUGAAAAUCAGUUCCCUGAAAUCGACGUGGAUCAUGCGAAAGAUCAGUCCUAUGCAUCGACGAUACAGGGAACGGUGGUCGCUGCUUAUGCGGUUGGUGGCUUCCUGGGUACCUUUUCUUGUAUUUUCUUGGGCGACAAACUCGGACGUCGAUGGACGAUGAUGACAGGUGCCGCGGUGCAAAUUCUUGGUUGUCUCUUGAAUGCCACCGCGUCCACCUUGGUCCAGCUCAUCAUUUCUCGGAUCACCAUUGGAUUCGGCACUGGCGCAUUGCUGGCCACUAUCCCUCUUUGGCAGUCUGAAAUCUCGCCUGCGAAGAAACGUGGUAGGCACGUUGCUACCAAGGGUGUCUUCAGUGGUUUGGGAUGCGCCCUCGCCCUGUUUCUUGAAUUCGGAAUGUCUUUUAUGGGAAGCAGUGUUGCAUGGCGUUUCCCAUCGGCUUUCCCUGUUCUACUCUCGGCCAUUGUCUUUGUAUUCGCUGCUCUGCUUCCCGAUUCUCCUCGUUGGCUUCUUCGACAAGGACGAGUCGCCGAGGCCCGUGAGGUUCUGGCAAUGCUGGAAGACACUUGUGUGAACGAUGGAAUCAUAGACGAGAAAGUCAAGGAAGUACAGGAUUCAUUGGAAUUAUCCGGUGGGAAGCGAUCAUUGGGUCAGAUCUUCCACAUGGGACCCCAGAAGAUCUUUCACCGUGCUAUGCUCGCAGUUGGACCUCUGGUCUUCCUACAGUUGACCGGUGCUACGGUGACCACCUUCUAUACAACCUCCAUCUUCGAAAAUAAUCUCGGACUCGACGACCAGACCUCUCGACUUCUAGCAGGAGUCUACCAGCUCGUUGGGCCAAUCGGCGGUACCGUCUGUGUCCUCGGCAUCGAAGGCUUUGGUCGUCGGAAGCUUCUGAUGGCUAGCACGAUCGGAAACACCAUUUGCCUGACGCUUAUUGCAAGUCUUGGGUCCGUCUCCGGUAACCUUUGGGCAUCGCACGGAGCCGUCUUCUUUCUUUUCUUGUUCCAUUUCAGCUACAUUAUCGGAUUUGGUGGCAUUCCGUACCUGUUCGCCACGGAGAUUGCGCCUCUUCAUCUUCGCACUACCAUCAAUAGCUUGAGCAUCAGUAUCUCGUGGAUCUUCAGCAUCUUGAUCACUAAUGUCACACCGCUCGCAUUCAAUCUGAUGGGACAACGAUAUUUCCUCAUUUUCGCCGGCCUCAAUGUCGUGAUGACACCGGCGAUCUAUUACCUCUUUCCCGAAACGGCAGGGCGCAGUCUCGAAGAGAUGGAUGAGAUUUUUGCGCUUUCGCGAGGUGUACUGGAUGUUGUUCAUGUGGCUAAAAAGCUUCCACAUCGCCAUCAGAUCGAGUAUCAGUCUGAUAAGAAAUUUGACGAUGACUUGAAAGAUGCCGCUGCUUUGGCCUGA